AUGCUGCCCAGUCCCGACGACGAAAGUCCACCAAGCCGCAAAGGAGGCAGCGAGAAACAGAUGAUACCACCGGAGUAUCUUCUGGGGCAGGAAACCGGUCCGCUUCUUCAACUGCAAACACUUCCAGCAGUGACAAACCACGCUCAUGUUUAUCGCCUAAUUCUCAAGCAAGGACAGGACCGAACUCAGAAUAUAGACAACCAACUCACCUCAACAGCAAACGAGAUACCGCUCCAGCCACCCUUUGAUCACGAUGAUCCGCCACCUCCAUACACUGAAUCCACCCCCGAAGGGAGUACAGCGCAACCGCAACGCAACAAUGUGUAA